CAGCAUUUUUAUUCUAUCAUGAUCGAAAUCAGUAGAGAGCAGGCUUUAUGUAUGUUUUUUUAUGAAGAGUAUAAUGAAACAAACGCCGCCAGGUUGUCAAAGCUGAUUGAUGAUUUGGGCAAUAUCGAAAUCUGCUACAUUGAUGACGAUCCAACAGAGCCUUUGUUAAUCUCACACAAAAGACUUUACUCCAAACCCUUCACAUAUUUGAAAUAUCCUGCUAUAUUAGAAGGUUAUGAAGAGGACAAGGACAAAAAUUAAGCCAACAGUUAAAAGAAAACAUAAUUCAUAAUUUUUUUUUUUCAAAUAUGCACAAUAAAAAGUCUUUCCUAAGUAAUUUGUGGC